GAUACUUUGCAAUUGAAGCAAUCAGAAAAUGAUAAAGAUAAGUUGGAUUCAUCCAAUAUGGAUGAAGAUGUCACACAGCCAAGUGAUAUUACCUCGGAAGAAAAAUUGGAAGAAACUGAAUCCAACAAACAGAAAUCAGAUGAAAACGUCAUUUUGGAGGACAAAAAAGUGGACGAAGAAGUGGACAAAAAAGUGGACGAAGAAGUGGACAAAAAAGAGGAAAAAAAAUUGAUGGAACCAUUAGGAGAAGAAAUAAAAUCACAUAUGAUAAUGGACAAAUUACAAUCGCAAAUCUUUGUAGAGAGUGAUGCAUUUAAAAGGAAAAUGUCAAAGGAAAAGUUGCAGAAGGAUUUGGUAAAAGAUGACACAUCAUCACCAGUUCAACCAUCACCAAAAACGAUACACGCAACAUCUUCGAUAAUGAAAUCACAGAUAGCAAAACCGACAGUAAUAAAGACUCCACCAAUAAAAUCGACGGCAACAAAAAUUCAAACAACAAAACAAGAUGAAAGUGGAGUAAAGACAGCUUUGAAGCCACCCAAAGUUACUGUUGCUAUUCCCGGUCCCGAAGCUGUUAUUCCGUCAACAUUUACGGGUGAUAGUGAAGAUGACUACUUUCAUGGAUUUUUACCACGUGAAGAUGCAAAUAUGCUUUGUGUACUUGACGGUGAUUUUUUGAUACGAACUACCGAAGUUUCGUCUGGUGAAGAUCGUCAGCUCUGUUUAUCAGUUGCAUGGCGUGGUAAGCAUCAUAUCAUUUUAUACUAUGAUAAAAAAAAGAAUCAGUAUGGAGUGAAGCCUAGCCAUACAUUUUCUUCAAUCACCGAUUUGGUUAAUUAUUACGCUCAGCAUAAGUUCAAAAUACUAAAUGAACGUGUAUUACUAAAGAAUCCAAUCGUUGCACAACCAUGGGAAUUGAAACAUCAACAGUUGGAGCUUCUUCAAAAGCUUGGCGAAGGUGCAUUUGGUGAAGUCCAUUCUGCCAACCUUUCACUCACUCCUCGAUUCUGUGUCAAAGCUGCUGUCAAAGUUCUUAAAUGUGAUGCGAUGACAAAGGAAAAAGUACGAGAAGCAAUGUGUGAAGUUCGAAUGCUACGAAAUUUAAGACAUGAAAAUAUUGUUCGCUUUUAUGGGGUUGCUAACAGACGUGAACCUUUAAUGAUUGUUAUGGAACUUGUCAAGGAAGGUGGAUUGAAUUCAUUCCUUAAAAAAAAUGGUAACAAUCUUUCAAUGAACAUUAAACUAUCGAUGAUUCGUGAUGCUGCCUGUGGUUUAGCUUAUUUACAUGGUAAAAAUAUUAUGCACAGAGAUUUGGCAACUCGUAAUUGCUUGUAUACAGGUGAAGUAGUUAAAUUGAGCGACUUUGGCAUGGCUGCUUACGGACCUCAAUAUAAAUUGCUACCCACUGAUAAAGCACCUGUUCGAUGGAUUGCUCCUGAGGUAUUCCGCACGCUAAUCUAUUCAUUUCCUUCCGAUACAUGGGCUUUUUUUAUUAUGGUUUGGGAAAUUUUCAACAAUGCUAUGGAGCCUUAUCCAGGUUGGGAUCGAGCACGUGUCAAAAUUGAAGUUCUGAAGGGUAGUCGAUUAUCGAUGCCUUCUAGCACACCAAUUAAACUUCAGCAACUUUGUAUGCAAACUUGGAACACGGAUAUCAAUAAACGGCCAACAAUGCAUACUGUAGCGUCUGUAAUGAUGCGAUUGACCGGGAAGACAGAUGCCAGUGAAAAACAAACUCGUACUACUGCUACCAGACUAAUUCAAAUGAAUCAAAAUAUGCAAGUAAAUUAUAGAAGUCCAAAGAUAGCUUCUCCUCAUAGAUUAAUACCGAAAGAGAAAAGGUAA